AUGGUGUCCGUGAGAGACGCCCACAUCGACCCCUCGCAGUCUUGGGAUGACAUCACCUGGUUAAAGAGUAUCACCAGUCUACCUUUGGUGCUCAAAGUAAUCACUAAUGCGGAAGACGCGGAGGAAGCCAUCAGUCGCGGCGCUUCAGCGAUCUUCGUGUCAAACCACGGUGGUCGCCAGCUGGACGGGCUCCCAGCGACCAUCGAGGUCCUCCCAGAGGUCGUGAGUGCAGUCCCCGGACGCAUCGAAGUUUAUUUAGACGGCGGCGUCCGUCAUGGCACGGAUGUGAUCAAGGCGUUGGCACUCGGAGCCAAGGCUGCGUUCGUUGGACGUCCUACCAUCUGGGGGUUGGCGUACAACGGUGAAGCCGGAGUGAGGCAAAUGCUGGCGAUACUGAGGCGAGAGGUGGACCGAGAUCUUGCAUUAAUGGGAUGUAAGACU